AGGUAGAGAGUUGACUUUGGCCUUUGAGAGACUUGGGUGGUUAUUAGUUGUCUCCUUUUUAUUCAACGCUAAUCGUUUCAUAAUUAGAAAUAGCAGAAGAAACACAGAGAGAGGUAAAUUAGAUAAAGAAAAAAUGAAUCAAAACAUGAGUGCUUUCUUGAUCGGAAUAGUGGGAACAGCGUUCACGUUGGGUGCAUAUUCACAACCAUGGAUGACUCCAACACAAAGCAUAGCUACUGGUCUUGUUACUCUCAUGUUUGGUCUGCUUGUCAAGGAAGGUUUCAUCUCCCUUUAGAAUCCUUCACUAUUAUAAACAAUAUGAUCUCUUUAUUUAAAUUUUCCUGUAUUAGCUUACUGGGAUUCUCUGAGAUCGUCUUUUUCUAAUUCUGAGCUUGUACUUUAUUUUUUGUUAUUGUUGUUGUUGUUAUAAAAUACUAUAUUUGGUUGAUCGAU